AGUUACAAACACAUCAUAUCCGUCGUCGACCGCCAAAACCCUAGAAUCCCAAAUGGAUCUCCUCAAGCAAGAGCUCCUCAAGAAGCGCCAAUCCCUCGCCGAGGUCACCGGCGGAAAGAGAGUCUUCAAGCGCUCCGAGAUCCAACAGAAGGAGAUCCAGAAGCUCCGCGAGCAAGAGAAGCGUGAGUUGGAAGCCAAAUCCAAUCGCCACGACAACGCCACCACCAAUAGCAACAACAACAAUGCGUCCUCCACCUCCGGCUCAGCCUCCGCUGCCGCCGCAUCGUCUUCCACCGGUGGUACAUCCAAGCUCCCCGGUUCUGCCUCUUCCUUAGCCGCGGGAACCUCCCUCACCGAGGAGCAGAACAUCGACAAGCUCGUCCUCUCAAAACAGGAGGUCAUCCGCCGCCUCCGGUUCCUCAAGCAGCCGGUGACGCUGUUCGGCGAAGACGACGAUGCCAGGCUGGAUCGCCUGAAGUACGUGCUGAAAGCUGGUUUGUUUGAAGUCGAUAGCGACAUGACGGAAGGGCAGACCAAUGAUUUCCUGCGCGAUAUUGCAGAGCUGAGAAAGCGUCAGAAGACGGGGAUGCUGGGCGAGAGGAAGAGGCAGAAGGCGGAGGACGGCGCUUCCGAGGACAGGGAAGGUGGUGCUGGAGAUGACGAUUUGAGUGAAGGGUCCAGUGGCAUGGAAGGCGACAAGGACUCCGAUUCGAAGCGGAUGAAAGCGAAUUUUGAGGAGCUGUGCGAGGAGGAUAAGAUUUUGGUUUUCUUCAAGAAGCUGCUGAACGAGUGGAAGCAAGAGCUGCAGGAGAUGCCGGAGGCCGAGAGGCGAACGGCGAAAGGGAAGUCCAUGGUCGCCACGUUCAAGCAGUGCGCGCGGUACCUCAACCCGCUGUUCAAGUUCUGCAGGAAGAAGGUUCUUCCUGAUGACAUCCGACAGGCAUUAAUGAUUGUGGUUGAUUGCUGCAUGAAGCGAGAUUAUCUGGCUGCAAUGGACCAUUACAUCAAGCUGGCCAUCGGGAAUGCACCUUGGCCUAUUGGUGUUACUAUGGUUGGUAUCCACGAAAGGUCUGCUCGUGAAAAGAUCUACACCAACAGUGUUGCUCACAUUAUGAAUGAUGAGACUACUCGCAAGUACUUGCAAUCAAUUAAGAGGCUAAUGACAUUUUGCCAACGUCGAUACCCAACAAUGCCAUCUAAAGCUGUUGAGUUUAACAGCUUGGCAAAUGGUAGUGAUUUGCAGUCACUACUAGCAGAGGAGAGAUUUAGUGGGGGAACCAAUCAAGCAUCUGAGGAGAGACUUAGGAUAAUGCCUGCUCCAAGAGAUAGCUAGUUAAUUUUUUUACCCUUAAAUGACAUCAUAUUUUCAAGUUAUGCAGGCAAUAUGAUGUAUUAUCUGUUUCUGAUUCUAAAUCUGAGAUUGUAUAAACUAUAAAGGGUUGCAUCUGUGAAAAUGGCAACAGAAAACAUGUAAAAUGUUGAUCUUGUAAAUUUACACUAGUUUUUCCUACUGUUGUCUCGGCGGCAACGUUAUGGUUGAC